CCAGAUAUGGGGGUGACUUGAGCGAUGGCUGCUUGGUGGAGGUUUUCGCUGGUUUCACUUUUCCUUUCCAUCGAGUGCAUUUAGACAUUUUUCUUCCUCUUUUUUUGCAUUCCACGAGAGCAAUGUACACGCUUGUUUCCGGGGCAUACAAGUAUCUGACGCGGCAGGAUGAAUACACAAUACUAAUGCUUGGUCUCGAUGGGUCGGGCAAAACAACGCUGCUGGAGCGUAUCAAGCACAUGUACAUCGGUCUACCACUCAUGGACGCGGACAAAAUCAAGCCGACAGUGGGCGUGAACAUCGGCAAAGUGCAUGUAAAACGGACGCUGUUGAAGUUCAUGGACUUGGGCGGUGCACGGGAGCUGCAGGGGAUCUGGGAGUCGUACUACGGUGACGGCCACGCAUUACUGUUUGUUAUCGAUUCAGUAGAUGAGGAACGCCUGGGAGAGGCCAAGCAGACGCUGCUGCGGUUAAUGAAGGACCGGGAACUGGAGGGUAUUCCUAUGCUGGUACUAGCAAACAAGCAGGAUACGCAGGACGCUGGGUCACUGGUGCAUGUUAAAGAAGUUGUUAAUACGCUGGCCGACUGCAUGGAUGCACGGGAUGUGAGGGUCAUGGAUGCUUCGGGCAAGGAGGGCCAUGGAGUGAAGGCGGCCAUUGACUGGCUAUAUAGUAGGAUCAUCGAGAACCGCCAGCGGAAACCGCCUGUCACCAAUAUAUAA